AUGAGGUUUUUAUUGGUUCUGCUGAUUCUAUCCUCAUUUGUUAAUGCUGAUGAGCAUGAUCACAUGUACGAAAAUGACGAAGAAGUUGUAUUAUGGAUGAACACGGUUGGGCCAUACAGCAAUAGACAAGAAACAUACACUUAUUUCUCUUUACCUUUCUGUCGUGGACCUAAAACAUCCAUUGGACAUUAUCAUGAAACCAUGGGAGAGUCGCUCCUCGGAGUAGAGUUGGACUUCUCUGGCUUGGAUAUUAAGUUUCGAACCAAUCAAAAGAAAACCAUUUAUUGCAAACAAAAGUUAUCUCUAGAAGAUUACAAAACCUUUUUGUAUGCAAUUAGCAAAAGCUAUUAUUAUCAAAUGUACUUGGAUGAUAUGCCUAUUUGGGGUAUGAUCGGAGAAGUUGACAAUUCUGUUCGACCACCAGUUUACAAACUCUACACUCAUAAAAGGUUGGAUGUGGGCUACAAUCAGAAGCAAGUUGUUGAUGUUAAUCUUACUUCUGAUGGAAGAGUGGAACUACACCCCGAUAUUGAACUAGAGUUCAGCUAUGAGGUCAACUGGAAGUCUAGUCCUAUUCCUUUCGCUGAUCGUUUUGAUAAAUACUUGGAUCCCAGCUUCUUCCAGCAUAGAAUUCAUUGGUUCUCUAUUUUCAACAGCUUCAUGAUGGUUGUUUUCUUAGUCGGGUUAGUCUGGAUGAUUCUUGUGCGAACUUUGAGGAAAGAUUAUGCUCGUUAUCAGAAGGAAGACAGUUUAGAAGAAUUGGAUGCUGAUUUGGGUGAUGAAUAUGGUUGGAAGCAAGUUCAUGGUGACGUGUUUCGAGCUCCUUCCAUGCCCUUACUGUUUGCAUCUUGCAUUGGGGCAGGGUAUCAUGUGUUUGCAGUCUCCUCUAUCACCAUUCUUUUGGCCAUUGUGGGAGAGUUUUAUACUGAACGUGGUUCGCUGCUAUCCGCUGCCAUUUUCGUUUAUGCUGCAAGUUCUCCUGUGAACGGAUAUGCGGGAGGAUCAAUGUACGCUCGAUUUGGUGGAAGGCAUUGGAUUCGACAAAUGUUGUUAGGAGCCUUCCUGCUACCCAGUCUUGUGUGUGGCGUUGCAUUUCUGAUUAAUUUCAUCGCCAUUUAUUAUCAUGCCUCUAGAGCUAUUCCCUUCACUACGAUGUUGGCUGUCACUGCUAUUUGCUUAUUUGUUAUUCUCCCCCUGACUCUUGUUGGAACAGUAUUAGGAAGAAAUAUGUCAGGACAAGGAGAUUAUCCUUGUCGUGUGAAUGCUGUGCCUCGUCCUAUUCCAGACAAAAAAUGGUUUGUUCAACCAUGGCUUAUCACAUUGAUGGGUGGAGUUUUACCAUUUGGAAGCAUUUUCAUCGAAAUGUAUUUCAUAUUCACAUCAUUCUGGGCUUACAAGAUUUAUUACGUCUAUGGAUUCAUGCUUCUUGUUCUGACUAUCCUUACAGUUGUAACGAUCUGUGUAACGAUCGUUUGCUCCUAUUUCCUCCUCAAUGCAGAGGAUUACAGAUGGAGAUGGACUAGUUUUGCUGCUGGAGCUUCCACUGCCCUCUAUGUGUAUCUCUACUCCAUCUAUUAUUUCUUCUUUAAGACCAAAAUGUUCGGACUUUUCCAAACCGUAUUCUACUUUGGAUACAUGGGGUUGUUCUCUGCCGCUCUCGGCUUGAUGACUGGCACUCUAGGAUAUAUAGGAACUGCCAAAUUUGUACGAAAGAUCUAUUCAACCGUAAAAAUCGAUUAA